CUCCCCCACCUCCCUCGCAUGGCAUCGCAGCUCCUCGCAAACUCCAUCAUCGCACGGCAAGCGAACCCGGAACCGUCGUCGAGAAGAGAGACAAGGUGGAGUAGGCCAUGUCCAACGUGCCCACCUCCCUCCGCGACUCCUCCCUCACCGUCUUCCGCCUCGCCAUCUCCAGAUCCGACCCCUGGCCCUUCUCUUCCUGCCUCUAGCCACCAGCCGCCUCCCUCUCCCUCCUCCUCCUCCUCCUCCUCUUCUAGAGCAGCAGCCAGCAGCCGGGCGGCGGCCGCUCCUCCGUUCUCGGGGCGGGGCUCGACCGAUCGAUCUGGCCUGCCUGGCGGCCAUCAUCAUGCACGGCAAGCACCAACGCCACCAGCAGCAGAUGGCGCCGGCGGUGGUGGCGCCCAAGGGGUGCGUGACGGUGCGGGUGGGCGCGGACGGGGAGGAGCAGCGCCGCUUCGCCGUCCCGCUGGGCCACCUCAAGCACCCGCUCUUCGGCGCGCUGCUCGAGGAGGCCGAGCGCGAGUACGGCUUCCGCCACCAGGGCGCCAUCUCCAUCCCCUGCCGCGUCGACCGCUUCGUCCAGGUCGAGCACCUCAUCGGCCAGGACCUCCACGGCACCGCCAGCAGCUGCGCGCAGCACCUCGUCGACCUCGACAGCGCCGCCGCCCCGCACCACCACCACCACCUGCACCUGCCGCGCUUCGUCGGCUGCUUCCGCGCCUGAUGACCUGAUGUUCGAUCGAGGUGGCUUCGUUCUCGUGUUGCUUGAUUAUUAGCUUUUGGUUUUGGCUUGCCCUCCGUUGUCUGUCUCGCGUUGGUUUGUGAGGGUUGAUGACGAUCGGUGUGAAGCUUAAUUUGCGGCGAGAGCCAUGGAGAGGGCGAUGCAUCUAGAUGUUGACGAUGAUGACGAAAAAUUGUGAUGAGAUGAACUCAAUUGUAAAGAUCUAGAGAGAUCCUGUUGAUCUUUAGCCUUAGUUUUUUUCCCCUUUGCUUAUAUAUACGUCAAUAUACUUAAUACUUUGCUAAUAUAUAUGCUCCACAAAAAGUGGUUUUGUUCGUGCAAA